GGAAUUCUCCUGCGGCAGCUCCUCUCUUUCCCAGCCUUUUCCAGCCUUUCCCAGCCUCUCCUUCCCAAAUCAGCCAUGGCUCCCAAGAAGCCCGAGCCUAAGAAGGCCGAGCCUAAGAAGGAAGAGCCCAAGCCAGCGCCUAAGCCGGCGGAGCCAGAGCCCAAGAAAGAAGUGGAAUUUAACCCGGCUUCGGUCAAAGUGGAAUUCAGCCCCGACCAGAUCGAAGAAUUUAAGGAAGCGUUUUCCCUCUUCGAUCGGACCCCCAAGUCGGAGAUGAAAAUCACCUACGCCCAGUGUGGAGACGUCCUGAGGGCUUUGGGGCAGAACCCGACCCAGGCCGAGGUCAUGAAAUUGCUUGGCAGACCCAAACCUGAAGAGAUGAAUUCCAAGAUGAUCGACUUUGAGACCUUCCUGCCCAUGCUCCAGCACAUUGCCAAGACCAAGGACACCGGAACCUACGAGGAUUUCGUGGAAGGGCUCCGGGUGUUCGACAAGGAGGGGAACGGGACGGUCAUGGGAGCCGAGCUCCGCCACGUCCUGGCCACGUUGGGGGAGAGGCUGACUGAGGAGGAAGUGGACAAAUUGAUGGCUGGCCAGGAAGAUGCCAACGGCUGCAUCAACUACGAAGCUUUUGUGAAGCACAUCAUGGCUAACUGAGGCCAGGACAAGAUAAGCAGCGAGAAUUCCGGAUACCGGCUGGAUUUCCACCUGCUGGAAUUUCUCCUUGUUUUUCAGCCCCGAUUCCCAUUCCAGAGCUCUGAAAUGUGCCUAAAUCCCAAAAAAUAUUUGGAUAUUUUUGUUUAGCUCACUUUGUUCCUCCGUGGGAAAAGGGUGGAUCCUGUGGAGACCCGGCGGAAAAAACUGGAAUGUGAACUGGGAAUCCCUGGGUAUUUCUUUAGGAUGAAGGAUAUAAACAGAAAUACAAAACUAAGGUAAAGGGAGGAAUUCUUUUCAUGAAUAAAUCGAUAAAAAAAAUCCCUUUUCCCAUCCCAAACUUCACCUUUUCCCUGUGUUUAUGGGACACCAGUGUAAAAAUCCCAGGAAUAUCCUUCAUUCUUAGGGAAAACCUGUGGAAUUCCCAGGAAUUAGCAACAAACAAAACCUCGCUGAUGGUUUUUUUUCCCUGCUUUGGAUGAUGGAAAAUUAAAGAUAAAAAAGCAAAAAAAAAACCCCAAAUUAAAGCAAAAUUUGCUCAAAUCCGUCUUUUCUCCAUGAGGAUUCCUUCCCAUCCCAAUAAUUUUCCUAGGAAAAAAGGAGAAAUCUUCCCCAAAGGAAAACUGGAAGUUGUUCUAAUAAAAACAUCUCGGUCCUGGAGUUUUUGCAGUAAAAAAUGGGAUUUUCCGUG